AAACUAGAUUAUGGCUAGGUUCUUGUCUCUGAUCCACACUCCGAAGCACAAGAGGGCGGUAAUGGCUUCCAAACAGAACAGAAUGAGCGCUGGCUGUGGGCGGGGCCUGGGUGUAUAAAGAGAGGGGAGGGACCAGCAGUGUACCUCAGUCUCCCGCAGCCAGGCAGACUAUCGAAAUGGCGGCACCAGCAGAAAGGAUGGAGGGGGAGAGCUCAGCCAAGCCUGCAGCGGAGGAUAUGACAUCAAAGGACUACUACUUUGACUCUUACGCCCACUUUGGCAUCCAUGAGGAAAUGCUGAAGGAUGAGGUCCGCACUCUGACCUAUCGCAAUUCCAUGUUCCACAACAAGCAUCUGUUUAAGGACAAGGUGGUGCUGGAUGUGGGCAGCGGGACAGGCAUUCUCUGCAUGUUUGCUGCCAAAGCUGGUGCCAAGAAGGUUAUCGGGAUAGAAUGCAGCAGCAUCUCAGACUACGCUGUGAAAAUUGUGAAGGCCAACAAGAUGGAUGACGUUGUCACCAUCAUCAAGGGAAAGGUGGAGGAAGUGGAGCUGCCUACAGAUGGUGUCGACAUCAUCAUAUCAGAGUGGAUGGGCUACUGCCUCUUCUACGAGUCCAUGCUCAACACAGUUAUUUAUGCCAGGGACAAAUGGCUGAGACCAGAUGGACUCAUUUUCCCAGACAGGGCAACCCUUUAUGUCACCGCCAUCGAAGACCGACAGUACAAGGACUACAAAAUCCACUGGUGGGAGAACGUGUAUGGUUUUGAUAUGUCCUGCAUCAAGGAGGUAGCAAUUAAGGAGCCCCUGGUUGAUGUGGUCGACCCAAAGCAGCUGGUCAGCAGCGCCUGUCUCAUCAAGGAGGUUGACAUCUACACAGUGAAGAUAGAUGAUCUGAGCUUCACCUCACCGUUCUGCCUGCAGGUGAAGCGGAAUGACUACAUCCAUGCUUUGGUCACCUACUUCAACAUCGAGUUCACCCGCUGUCACAAGAGGACCGGCUUCUCCACCAGCCCAGAGUCUCCAUACACCCACUGGAAGCAGACAGUCUUCUACUUGGAUGAUUACCUGACUGUCAAGACUGGCGAGGAGAUCUUUGGCACAAUCAGCAUGAAGCCAAACAGCAAGAACAAUAGGGAUCUGGACUUCACCGUGGACCUGGACUUCAAAGGUCAGCUCUGUGAGGUGUCGAAGACGUCAGAGUACAGGAUGCGUUAGAAGUCUAUGUCCCUCCUGGUGUUAGUUUGUCUUGAGUAGAGGACAGGUAAUACUGAGUCUGUACAAUAGUUUGAUGCUCCCCAUGCAGCAGCAUUUUAAUAACUUCUUUUUUUUGUGGUCAUUUUCUUGUUCAGACAUUAACAGUAUUUAAAAGGUCUUCACAUCCUUGGUCAAUGUGAGUUGUCAUGGUGACAUAGUGGCUUAACAAUAACUUGUGUUUGACAUGUGCCCGGUGUUUGAGUCCAACGUGUUCUGGGGACUUCCCAGCGGUGACACAUGGCUGCCGCCCCGCCCACAUGUGUGCACGGUAUCAGUCAGUCACUUUGGGCUGUCUUUGUUUGACUCUGAAGUCUCGUGUCAUAGUUUGUAGAAACCAAAUGUUAUUGAGAAGAAACCUGUGCACCAAACACCUAAGGCCCUGUUAAACCAAAACUAGCUCUGUUUAAAAAGAAAUGUAUAACACACUGCAUAUUUUGUAAAGAUGACUUCAGAUCCAAAUGUUUACUUAAGAUUAAAUAUGGUUUUUUUCAAUUUAUUUUUUAAAUGAGCUGUCAUGCCAUCAUUCAAAAGGUAUUUGUUUUUAGCUGUGGGCAGCUUCUCCUUUUGUGGACAAUGAGUAUCAACAAAUAGCACACUUACUGAAUUUAGUCUGAAUACUGUGACUUAAGUGUUGUUUCCAUGUGAACUAUAGACUUAAAGCCUGCUCAGAAUCAGUCUGUAUUUUAUAUUUGGGACUGCAUUCCUGGCAGCCCUGUGAUUUGUUAUGCCAGACAGGCAGAUUAACACCUGCACCUGUUGUGGGGGGGGUUGGGUGAUGAGAGAUGAGAUGCUCAAGAUAUCAUUGUUUUGGCUUUAAUCCGCUCACCCUGAGCUUCAGUCAUUAGUGCGCCACAGAAGAAGGUCCAUAUCUGUCAGUUCGUCUUGAUCCAGUGGGAACCAUGUCGGCCUGCUGGGAGCUCUGAACCACAGACUCAUUUUCCUCUUGUAUUUUUGUUUUUUGUCACCUGCUUGUUUUUUUUACAAAAAUAAAACUAAUAAACUUUUUUUGCCUUGGCUACAGAA